AUGAUAACAGCAUCUCUUUAAAUUUUACUUUCAUUAAACUUAGUUGCUUUAAUAAUGCUGACAUACAAUUACUCAAUAGUAAUUAUAUUAUAUAUUUGAAGAGCAAAAAAGAUAUAGUAUUUUAAUCCUAUUUCAAUUAAGAAGUUUUAGAAGACAUUCAUCAUAUUGAAGAAUUUAAUAAUGUUGUAUAUCCGAUUCUAAAUGAUUUAUCAGUAUUAUAAUUCAUAUAGUUAGAAUGAUUCUGACUUUAGAAUCUAUAGAUAUAUUGACACAUUGAAUUGCCCAAUUUAUCUACCAUAAGAAGAAUGUAAUGUGGAAACUUGCAAUUUUAAAAAUUUUCCUGGUGAAGAUCCAAUAAAUACAGUUGAUUUGAAAUACAUGGGAGAAAAAUAUACAGGACAAUAAGGAUAAAACAUUUGGAUUAGCAUUUAUGAAGAUCUAGGAAAAAAUACAUCUUCAGAUAUGCAUACUCAUAUGAUAAAUUUAAUAAAGGGAAUUCAUUCAUCAAUAUCAAUAUCAAUCACUGAGUAAUUUGAUUAUGGAAAUAAGACUGGACCAAAUGUUGACUUUUUCUUUUGGAGAGUUGGUUAUUAUCCAGAUAGAAUUUACAAUUUAUAUUUUUUGGAAUCGUUUCUUAUGCAAGCUUCAAAGUUUCUUAAAAUAAACAAUAUCGAAUUAUAAACAAAUACUUAAUAAAAAGUUUAAGGAUUAUUAUCUUCAUUUAACUAGAUGCCUAUUUAUAAGUUUGAUUAUUUCAAUAAUUUAAAUGAAUAAGAUUUAAAAUAGUAUAGAGAUGAUAUAAAAUUACUUGAUUCUUAUAUGGAUUGUGUACAUUGUAAAAGAUGUAAAUUGAAUGGAAAGGUUUAAAUACAUGGUUUGGAAGCAGCUAUUAAUUUAUUAUUUGAUGAAAAGGAAAGAGUAUAAUUAGAAAAAAACGAUGUUGUUGCUUUUCUAAAUACAUUUUAAAAAAUAUCCAGCUCAAUAAAAUCAUUAGAUGCGAUGUUUGAAAGAAGAACUUAAAUUCCAUAUGAAAACAUGAAACUAACUGGAUAUAGCUUAAUAAUAUUAACCAUUUUAUCAAAAGUGAUAUUAUGGAAAAAGAAAUGAGUUAAAUAUAGAUUAUUUUUGGC